AACUUCACUCAUCAUAGUCACAAGACCUCUCAGCUGAGGUUGUCUUUAUUUUCUGGAUUUGCGAAUUAUAAAAUCCUCUGGAUUUUAUCCUAAUUUGAGGUGUAAUAAAUUCCUGAUUACUUAGCCAAAAUGGCUAACAUCAACGAGGAAAAUGUCACCAAACUCAUGGGUGACGAAAAAAUCGACAUGAUUGCGGCCACCAGUGUGCUGCAAAUCAGAGCAAGCGAUAUCCGUUCGUCCCAGAUCAACUGGCAGUCUUACUUGCAAGGCCAGAUGAUCACACAGCGCGACCACGACUUCAUCGUGAACCUGGACCAGCGCGGGGACAAGACCCUGCCAGACAAGCAACCUGAAGUGUGUGCCGAGGUGUUCCUCAACCUGCUCACCCACAUCAGCAAGGACCAUACCAUCCAGUACAUCCUUGUUCUGAUUGAUGACAUUCUUUCUGAGGAUAAGUCUAGAGUGAAAAUCUUCCGCGAGAACAAGAAGGGUAACGCAUGGCAGCCUUUCCUCAACCUGUUGAACCGUCAGGACGAGUUCAUCCAGCACAUGACGGCCCGUGUCAUUGCCAAGCUCGCCUGCUGGCACCCGCAACUCAUGGAGAAGAGUGACCUCCACUUCUACCUGUCCUGGCUCAAGGACCAACUCAAGAUGAAUGCGGAGGAAAUGAGUGCCGAGUUAGCGCAUGCCGAGCAGGUUAUGUUGGCCCACGAGAAACACAAUUUCUCCGACAAACUGUCGGAGAAACACAAGCACAAGGACAAGACCGCCAGUGACGGCGUCAACGACAAGUACUCGAGCCUUUACAGCUCUUUCGAUAAGCUGAAACCGCAUGACGAUUUGCCGCCCGGUUUACAUAAGAACAAUGACUACAUCCAGUCGGUGGCGCGCUGCCUCCAGAUGAUGCUGCGUGUCGACGAGUAUCGCUUCGCGUUCCUUUCAGUCGAUGGCAUCUCCACGCUGCUGUCUAUCCUCGCCUCGCGUGUCAACUUCCAGGUGCAAUACCAGCUGGUGUUCUGCCUGUGGGUUCUGACCUUCAACCCGCUGUUGGCUGAGAAGAUGAACAAGUUCAACGCGAUCCCGAUCCUCGCCGACAUCCUCAGCGACUCCGUCAAGGAGAAGGUCACGCGCAUCGUGCUCGCCGUCUUCAGGAACCUCAUUGAGAAGCCUGAGGAUUCCCAGGUGUCACGUGAGCAUUGCAUCGCCAUGGUGCAAUGCAAGGUGCUGAAGCAGCUGUCGAUCUUGGAGCAGAAGAGGUCUGACGAUGAAGACAUCAUGAAUGAUGUGGAUUUCCUCAACGAGCGUCUCCAAGCCUCCGUCCAAGACCUGUCCUCGUUCGACCAGUACGCUACCGAGAUUAAGAGUGGACGCCUGGAAUGGUCGCCGGUGCACAAAUCCGCCAAAUUCUGGCGCGAGAACGCGGCCCGUCUAAACGAGCGCGGGCAGGAACUCCUGCGCACCCUCGUGCACCUGCUGGAGAAGAGCAGCGACCCCGUGGUGCUCGCCGUCGCCUGCUACGACGUGGGCGAGUACGUGCGCCACUACCCGCGCGGCAAGCACAUCAUCGAGCAGCUGGGUGGUAAGCAGCGUGUGAUGUACCUGCUGAGCCACGACGACCCCAACGUGCGGUACGAGGCGCUGCUCGCCGUACAGAAACUCAUGGUCCAUAACUGGGAAUACCUCGGCAAGCAAUUGGAGAAAGAACAAAUCGACAAGCAAGCGGGCACCACAGUCGGCGCUAAGGCUUAAACUAUUAACGACAUGUAUUUAAAUAAAAUUCGUUGUUAUUAUUGUUGUUAGGAUACAAGGGCUUUGUAGUCACUACCGCUGGACACCGACCACUGGGCUCGUGGGUGACAAAUGAAUAAUUCCUCUGAACACUAUAGUAUGUGAUAGAGUGAAUGAAAUAUAUAAAUCUACGGGUUUCACCGCCCUAUUUCUGUAAAUAACACAAAUCAUUAUAUUGUGCACAUUGUCCUCUCAUAUUCUGGCCUAUUUAAAAGGGUCAAACUUGACCUUUCAACUCUCCUGUUGUCUCAGUAUCUGUCCUAAAAGCCCUGUGUUAUAUUUGAGUAUUUAACUUUCUGUAAAUAAAUAGAACAGUAACUCCAGUUAAAUAAAUAAUGUUCUUAAUGUUAAAAGGUGUUCAACAAAAAUUGUAAGCUUCCCAAAACCCAGAUAAUUUUAAUUCUAAGAACAAUUGUGAAAUAUUUAUAUUAUCCACAUUCCUAUUAUGGUCUAUCUAUAUACUAUGAUUGUUAUGAAAUUAACAAAUUUUAAUUAUAGAAAAUUUACGUAUACAUCGCAUUAAUGAAAUCUAGAAAAAGUAGCUGAUUGGUAUUUAUAUCCAGGCAAGCAGGCUACAACAGUAUUGUGAAUUGUGAAUAAACUGCGUAAUCUAGUGUA